UGUGAAGAGCCGCGUCACGUGACAGGCGCCAGUUGGAGUCAGGCGCUGGCAGCAAGCAGUGACGGAGCGACUCAGUGAGUCGCAGCCAGGCAUAGUCGUUGCACAUUAACGUCUAAGAUGAACGAGGCGCAGGGCUCCCGUUACCGCAGCCGGGAGUGCGAGCAGAUGGACGCGGGGCUCGCGGUGCUGGGCCUACACCGCGUGGCAGUGGCGAGGGACUCGUCCAGCGUGUACAGGGUCGUGGCGCAAGAGAUAUUCUACACGCAGUCGAAACAUCGAGAAGUACGGAGAGAGUGUGCACAGUUUAUCCAAGGCAACAGUGAUUCACUCAAGAAGAUUUCAAAAAGCCCCCUGAAAUGUAUCGUCAACAGUGUCCUAGAUCCAAGAAUGCCAGCUGGCAAUGUGGAGAUGGCUGCCCUAGCCUUGUUGUACAGAUGUGAUUUUUUAAUCUACAGAGAGCCAAACAAACCACCGUUCAAGGCUACUAGCAAUGGAUUUUCCAAAAAGGUGAUGCUGUGCCAACGCUAUGAAGCGAAAUAUGAUGCUGUCUGUUCCAAACAGACAUACACAGCUGCAGCUAUUUGCCAGUCGAUUGUGUACAAUCUUCUGUACACGCACGUGUUUGGGGUAAGUCCGGAUGUGGUGGCUCGUGAGGUGGAGUGGUUUCGCUUGCAGGAAGAGACUCAAGGUCGCCAAAAGGAGAGUCGGCAUCCCACUACCUUGGCCCGUGAUGGCAAGCCAUUGGUAGGAUAUUCAUAUGCUGAAAAGACUUCAAGAAAAAUAAUUAAAGCUGGCCAGGCUCACUUUCCAGUGUUUCCUUUCCGAGUGCUGAAAUCUCUGGACUCAGAAAUAUAUCGCAAUGUGGAGUUUGAUGUCUGGAUUGAUUCUGCAAGAGGCUACACAAUGACAAGAUUUCCAGUUUUGGAGUUUUCAGGGGGUGAAAAGUGUGAGGUGCAGUUGAAGCCUGGAGGGAGGUAUUAUAGUGCCUCCAUCCAGAAAAUCAACCCAAAUUACCAAACUGUCACUGUGUUCAUUAAAGCCCUUGCACAAAGGCAUCACGUUAUGCUGGAGAGCGUUCGUGCCAUGGGUUACCAAUCGGCUUCUGAAAGGAUGAUGGGCAUCCAGGGUGCGUCAUCUAGACAGCUUUUCGAAAUGCCUAUUCAGCACCGGAAGCAUGAACGUUAUUACGGACACCUAAGUCAUUCUUAUCGACAAGACUACCCUUCAUAUUCUGGUCGUCUCACUGGAUCGGGCUCCUUGUACAAAGGCCAUUCGAAUGGCCAACAUUGCAAGCCCCCAAGAAAGAUGGAAAGGCCUCCUGCUCACGGAUCAGAGGAGCGGCUCGGUGGCGUGAAAAGCACCGGUACUGCCGUUCAAGUGGAGCUCUCUUCAACCAGUGAUGUGCAGGAACCCAAUUCUGGAUUGACCGACUUUACUGGAAAAUAUGACAGCCCUGGCGCAGACCAAAGUGAGCAGACAGAAAAUGGGUCCAAUGAUUUAAUAUUGGAUACACAUUGCGUGGACAAAAGUGAAGAAGGCACAGAAGACCCAAAUGUGACUCCACUAAAUAACCCAGUAGUGGAUGGUGAAAAUGCUUAUGUAGAGAAAUCUGAGCAGUCAAUUCCAGCCAAUGCCUCAACGUUGCCGUCUUCUGUCCAACAACCCAUAGCACCCAUAUAUUCUCAGCUUGCGUACCCGAAGGCAGUUCCAUCUUGUGUCUAUUUAUUUCCGCCAUGGAAGGCUGAAUGCGUUAACGAGUUGGGGGAAGUUAUGUCCAGUUCUCCACCAUUUUCAUUUGAUCCCAGCGCAAGUGAUCUCCCACAAGAUAAGAAAAUACUGCAGUAUUUUUUCAAUCGCGGUCUACAGAGUUGGUGGCACGAGAGGGCAUAUGCCCAAAACUGCUUGGAGUCGGGGUCUGGCCAUGAAGCAUCCCUGUACCAAGAGGCCCUCAAACCUCACUUGGACACAGCCACAAGUCCAAAUCCACCUACCUUGCAACUCCAGACCCAGCCUCUGGGGGCUCAAACAGCAGCACCUUACCAUCAUGCUUACACCUCUAUCAACCCAGGUGGCCCACAGCCAAUAUUUGUCCAACCCAUGCCACAACAUCAGCUGCCAUACUCCCAUGCGCCCACCAUGGCCCACCAUACACCAUGGCAAAGGGGGCUGUUGCAAUGGAAACCCAGAAUGCUUUGACGUUGUGAGUUCUCUGAUACAUCCGAUUAUCUGUAGCCUGCUACCCAGAAAUUAGGGUUCUGAAGGGUUGCUAAUCCCUUCUUAGUCAUAGAGGGGUAUAGGCUUUGUUUUGGUUCAAUUGAACUGGGUCCAAACCAUUUACCUUGAGCCAGCUCUGAGCAUGGUCCUAGCUAUGCUUAGGAUUUCUAUGAGCUGCGCUUGAGCUAAGUAAUUCCAAUCAAAAAUGUUACAUUUAACUAACUUGCUUUGACUGUAAACAUUACUGAAGCUAUAUUACAAAUGUUGUGAAACUUAAUGCUUCAUGUAAACGUGUGGUUAUGCAGUAGUGUGGAAAGUUCGUUAACUAAUUAGCUAAAUGUUGUCAUUUUUCAUUGACAUUGAGUUCUGCUCCGGUACGUUAAGAUAGGUAUGCCUCUAAUCUGCUACUCAUAAUUUAGAAAUAUUUCAGACUUGACUCACAAAUACAGUGAAUCCCAUACACACUUAGGCUCAGUCACGGCUCCGCUCAAAUUAACCGCUUAAAAGCCAUACUUGCACGCUGGCUCAGAACACAAUUCCAGCCAUGCUCAGGAUUCAUAAUACGUUUUUUGGUUAGAUCGUGUAAAUGUCAUUAAACCCGCCACCACCCAACACAGCCAAUUAGUAAGGUUUGUCACAAACAAAACAUGCCAAUUCGUUACUAAUACAGCACACCGGUGUGGUGUGUGUUUACUCUCCACAUCAGUGUGCUGUACUAGUAACGAAUUGGCACGUUUUAUUUACGUGACAAACGUUACAAAUUCGCUGUCGGGUGCUGGUGGGCUUAACGACAUUUGUGAUCUAACCCAAAAAACCUCUUAUGGAUAUUGGUUGCAAAAGCCUGUGUUAAAUGCUCAGGAUUUUUGGAAGAUUAACAAAGCCAUGCCUGAACCACUUGCAUGUCUGUGGAACAGUGGCCCAAGUUGGAAGGGAGCUGUAAAACUUGGAAUAUGGCCCUUGCAGUACAUUUACUAACCUGUAAAAACACGAUUUGCAUUUUUUUAAGAUUAAAGAAAUGUUGAUAAAUGAUUGUAGAAACUAAAGGAAGCUAUAUUUGAAAAUGUUAAUGACACUUAAUUUUUCUUGAUGUCAACAUUCCUUUUAUACAGUAGUUUAAAAAAUUCAGUUACACUUAAUGAAAACAUUUUCAUGUUAUGCAUUAUUGACAUUUACCUGUGGUUUUCUUUGUGCAGUAGAAGCUAAGCUAGAACCUUUUAAAAAAAGUGCACAAUAAAUGCAAGUUCCUUU